AUGGCGACGAGUGCAAUAAGGAAAAAGUUGGUGAUUGUCGGUGAUGGAACAUGUGGCAAAACCUGUCUUUUAAUCGUUUUCAGUAAGGACCAGUUUCCGGAAGUAUACGUUCCUACUGUGUUUGAAAAUUACGUUGCCGAUAUCGAAAUGGAGAAUACAAGAGUUGAACUUGCACUAUGGGAUACUGCCGGGCAGGAGGAUUAUGAUCGGCUUAGGCCUCUGUCGUAUCCUGAAACCGACGUUAUUUUGAUGUGUUUCUCGAUUGAUAGUCCCGAUAGUUUGGAGAAUAUAUCCGAGAAGUGGACGGCAGAGGUCAAACACUUUUGUCCCAAUGUGCCAAUAAUACUUGUUGGCAAUAAAAAGGAUCUUCGGAAUGAUGAGAAAACUCGAAUGGAGCUCGCAAAAGUUAAACAGUCCCCGGUUACUACUGAACAAGGCAAGGCCAAAGCCAAUCAAAUCGGUGCCUAUGGCUACGUCGAGUGCUCUGCUAAAACGAAAGAGAAUGUCCGCGAGGUCUUUGAAAUGGCGACUCGAGCGGCGUUGGAGACCUCCAAAAAAUCAAAGAAGAAGCGCUGCAAAGUUUUAUAG